UUUGGGCCUCCAAUCGCUGCCAAGCUAUUUUUGCCUCGCGCAGCUUCACCAAAGCCGCGCCAGCCAAAACAGCAGUGCCAAAACACCAUGGGCGAGUCUAGAUCCCGAUCCCGCUCCCGCUCGGGCUCGCGCGAGCGCCGCCGCAGCCGCUCGCGCUCCCGCUCGCGCAGCCGCUCCGGCGGCCGCGGCGGCGGGGGCGGCGGGGCCUCCGGCGAGAAGCAGACGGGCGUGGCCCUCCGCUGGCAGGGCCAGCGCGGCUUCGGCUUCAUCAAGCCCGACGACGGCGGCGAGGACCUCUUCUGCCACGUCUCCGCCAUCGAGGACGGCAACUGCCUCGUCGAGGGCGCCAAGGUCAGCUUCGUCAAGGGCCAGGACGAGCGCUCGGGCCGCGACCGCGCGCAGAACGUGACCGGCGGCUCGACCGAGGAGCCCGGCGGCCCCGGCGGCCCGCAGGGCGACCCCGGGCCGGCGCCCGAGGGCCACUCGACGGGCGUGGCCCUCCGCUGGAACCCGCGCGGCUUCGGCUUCAUCAAGCCCGACGACGGCUCCGUACCGCGGCCAGUGUCCCAUACAUUUGUGAAGGGGGUGUAGCUCAGUGGCAGAGCGUCCGCUUUGCAUGCGGAAAGCCCAGGGUUCAAACCCCUGCUCCUCCACCACAACACACACAACUCCGUGGCGCAAUGGAUAGCGUAUCAGACUUCGAAUCUGGGGGUUGCGGGUUCGAGUCCCGUCGGAGUUGUUCAUGGUCUGACGGUACAAUCCCCACCGCAGGAGGACGUCUUCUGCCACGUGUCCAGCAUCAUGGACGGCAACGCGCUCGCCGAGGGCGCGCGCGUGACGUACCUCAAGGUUUUUGAUGAUCGCCGGGGCAAGGACCGCGCGAACCAAGUAAGAGGCGGAUUCCACGAGCAGCAGGGCGGCGGCGGCGGCGGCUUUGGCGGUGGUUACGGCGGUGGGGGCGGCUACGGCGGUGGGGGCGGCUACGAUGGCGGCGGCGGCGGCUACGGUGGUGGCGGCUAUGGUGGUGGUGGCGGUCCGUAGCAUUGUUGAUAUCAGGGAGGUGCCUUCGACUGAGCUGUACAUCGCUCGUGCUCACUCUCUGGGUGUCCACAGGUGGCUACGGCGGCGGCGGCGGCUACGGCGGCGGGGGCGGCUACGGCGACCGAGGUGCGUCUUCGUCGAUGGCGCCAUCGAGAGAGCAAUGAGAGCGAUGAUUGACCGUGUCCAUACAGGC